AUGCAUCACUACAACCGCACCAAAAUUGUGAUUCGCGUGUUGGGGGCUGGGCAGACGGUGGGUCGGUCGUGCGUAAUCGUGGAGCUGGAGAACCGGCGAGUGAUGUUUGACUGCGGUUCACACCUCGGGUACAAAGACGAGAGGAAGUAUCCCAAUUUUAACAUACUGGUGGGAAAUGACACGGACGCAGUGGAUAGAGAAAAGGGCAUGGGGGAAGGAAACGUGUAUGAGCACCCUCUCAACACAGAGGUGAACAUAACCGUAGUGAACAGCAGCAUCUCGGAAAAGGAAAAGUUAAUAGAAAACUUGAAAAGAAUAAAUGAAAUAAUUGACUGUGUAAUUAUAAGCCAUUUUCAUAUGGAUCACAUAGGAGCAUUGCCCUUCUUCACCGAGAUAUUAAAAUAUAGGGGCACCAUAAUUAUGAGUUAUCCGACAAAGGCACUCAGUCCAGUAUUAUUGCUGGAUGGAUGUCGAGUAGCAGACUUAAAAUGGGAAAGACAAAACUUCGAGAGACAAAUGAAAUUGUUAAACGAAAAAUCCGAUGAGCUGCUAAAUUACAACGUUAGGAGCUUGAAGAAGGACCCAUGGAACAUCAGUGAAGAGGAUAUUUACUCCUGCAUAGGGAAAGUCGUCGGGUUGCAAAUAAAUGAGACAUUCGAAAUGGGGAAUAUGUCUAUUACUCCAUACUAUGCAGGCCAUGUGCUAGGUGCGUGUAUAUUCAAGAUAGAGGUAAACAACUUUAGCGUUAUUUAUACAGGGGAUUAUAACACCGUUCCGGAUAAGCAUCUUGGGAGCACCAAAAUUCCGUCUCUCAAUCCGGAGGUCUUCAUUUCGGAAUCUACGUAUGCUACCUAUGUGAGACCAACGAGAAAGGCCUCCGAAUUGGACCUCUGCAAUUUAGUACAUGAGUGUGUACACAAAGGAGGGAAGGUGCUCAUCCCCGUGUUUGCCAUCGGAAGAGCACAAGAAUUGUCCAUCCUGCUGGACUCCUAUUGGACAAAAAUGAAAAUCAGUUACCCCAUUUAUUUUGGAUAUGGAUUAACAGAAAAUGCCAAUAAGUAUUAUCGGAUUUAUUCUUCAUGGGUGAAUAGUAGUUGUGUUUCCACCGAUAAUAAGAACCUCUUUGACUUUGCGAAUAUCUCCCCGUUUGUGAACACCUACUUGGGUGAGAAUAGGCCGAUGGUUUUGUUUGCCACUCCCGGGAUGCUCCACACAGGAUUAUCUCUAAAGGCUUUUAAAGCAUGGUCUGGGUCAAGCAGAAAUUUAAUAGUCCUUCCAGGCUACUGUGUUCAAGGUACAGUGGGUCACAAGUUAAUUAUGGGAGAAAGGAAAAUAUCGCUUGAUGGGAAUACCUAUAUGAAUGUUGCCUGCAAGAUUAUUUACCUUUCCUUUUCUGCGCACGCUGAUUCGAAUGGAAUUCAGCAACUCAUAAGACACGUGCUGCCACAGAAUGUUCUCUUCGUUCAUGGAGAGAAAAGUGGCAUGGAAAAAUUGUCUAAGCAUAUAUCUUCUCACUAUUUAAUUAACUCCUUGUGUCCUUCCUUGGGUCAGCAUUGUGAGUUCAACUUUUCGAAGGCUAAUAUGAAGCAUGUCUAUGUGCAAGAUGCUCUCUAUGCCGAUAUUCUUCGUAACUUAAGUGAGCAGAAGGAGAAAAGAUCCAUACUAUCCACCAACAAGGCAAGCGGUCUCUACCGGAGUGACGCCACUAAAUUGGCAUCGCGGGAUGACACCUACUCCGUGUCCUUCUCAGCCUAUGCUGUGUGCUACACCAUUCGUGAGAAGCCAUACCUUUUGUUCCUCCCCAGACGGGAGCUCCUGCGCGUGGUGCGGGCCAGGUGUUUCCCCGUCACUCUUCGGCGGGGGGACAGGUGCUUCAGCUCGGACAGGCUCUUCGGUCUGGGCAGUGCACAGAAGGGAGGCGAACAAAAUGGAGACACUGAAGCUGGGGGCAAUGUGUCCAUCGGGGCUGUCGGCUCUCCGGGCGAAGGCCUGGACCCUGGGGACACCCCCACCAAUGAGCACGAGGAGGGAAUACCCUCCGUUGGGACUCUCACUCAGCGAGGCAAGCGGAAGUAUGGCGAGAUGGCAAAAAUGUGGGGUGCGGAAGGAGAAGAGGCAGAAGGGGCAGAACUAGCGGAACAGGCGGAAGACGCAGAAGACUGUAGUUCUCCCCAAGGAAGUCCCCCCAACCGUGUAAGUAAAAAGCUCGCACAGAUUCCCAACGAGUGGGUGGACCCAGCGAGGGGAAGUCCAUGCAGAGUAGAGGUAGAAGGACAAGGAUUUUCAGAAAUCGGAGAAGGUCUUUUUCAGCACGACGGGGAGGAAGAACAGCAGGGGGGACGGCCUCUUAACCUCGCAGAAGGUGCAUCCAUUGCCGCUGCCACCACGUGCGAAGACGCGCUUAAGAAGGGCAACCAAAGCACCCCCAGAGGAACGCGCAACUACGUCAGCGAUGAAGACCAAGUAACCAUGCCACUAAUCAACCUGCGCUUUACGGAAAGCAUCACCAUAAGCUACCACCGAUUUUACAAUUUUGUAAUUUCCUUUUUCAAAGAAAUUGUGGACACGAAGAAUAGGAACAACAUCCGUUUUUUGGGCGAAGGGGUAAUUAUAAAGAAUGUGAAGGAGGGUGAUGGGUAUGUUUUCCUCCUGUCGUUUCUGUCUCUACGGGCCAUUCACGAUGGAGAGAGUAACCUGCUCGUCCAGUGGUCCUACGUGGACGACGCGCCCGAGUCAGCCAUCCAGAAGUUCAUAAACGCGAUUAGGGAGUACGCCGCGGGGGAGGAAGUAGAACCCUCGUAA